GACUUUAUCCUGACUUCAGACAGUAGAAGUGUUUUUGAGGAUGUUCUCUAGAAUAACAUGGAUUGUAAAUGACUUUUUCAGAAGUGUCUGCUAUACUUGUUGUGAUACUGAAUUGUAUGUGAUGUGCUAAGAAGUGAUGUCAGGAGAAAAAUGAUGAUAUCUGUCAUCUCUUUGCCCUGGAUUCUCUUGCACUCUGGAUAAACUGAAAGAUCUCAUUAGAAAUCACCAAACAAUUUGAAUUAAGAUUUCAAGAUGGUCCCUUGGAGAAGACACAGAAAUGAAGAAACUGUCUGUGAAACAAAUUUACGACAGCAGAAAAGUGGCAACCUUAGGCCCUCUUCUAUGUGGACUAACAAGAAUGGCUACCAUUACAGAGUUCAGGAGCUGCCUCUUCUUUAUGCCGCACAGAAGAACAGAGUAAAGACCCUACAAAAGCUGCUGCAGUGUACAUCUACAGACCCUCAUCAGAGAGGAGCUGUUGGGGAAACAGCCUUACACGUGGCCGUGUUGCACAACAACACAGAUAUAGUAAAGGUUUUACUAGAAGAAGCCCGUGACCUACUGAACCAGCCUAUGACCUCUGCACUCUAUCAAGGACAGACUGCUCUACAUAUUGCUGUGAUGCAUCAAAAUUUUGCAAUUGCCAGGGAACUGAUAGAAAAUGGAGCUGAUGUUUCAAAACCACGAGCUACUGGGCUAUUUUUUCAACUCAAACCCAAUCACACCUUCUACUACGGAGAACACAUUCUCUCCUUUGCUGCCUGUGUGGGGAAUGCAGAGCUUGUUCGUUUGGUAUUGCAACACGGGGCGGACCCAGAGGCUAGGGAUGCACAUGGGAAUACAGUGCUCCAUAUCUUGUCCUUACAGCCAAACAAAAUGGCUGCCUGCCAGAUGUAUGACCUCAUCUCAUCUUAUCACAAGGAAAAAGUUGGUCCAGGACUCGAGGACACAUGCAACAAUAAUGGACUUACCCCACUGAAAAUGGCAGCCGUAGAAGGAAAUAUUGUGUUAUUCCAGCAUGUGGUUCAGAAGAGAAGACACACUCAGUGGACAUAUGGACCUAUUAGUUGUUAUCUGUAUGAUCUAACAGAGAUUGACACAUGGGGUGAUCAUCAGUCUGUGCUUGACCUGGUGGUUUCAGCAAAGAAGAAAGAGGCACGACGGAUCUUGGAUGUGUCGCCAGUUAAAGAGCUGGUUUGUAGAAAGUGGCAGAAGUUUGGACGCCCUUAUUUCUUGUUGUUGGCUGCCAUCUAUGUACUGUACAUGAUCUGUGUGUCUGUGUGCUGUGUCAACCGACCCCUCAAACCUCGACAAGAUAAUUCAACCAACCCCAGAGACAUCACUAUAGCUGUGCAGAAAACCCUCCAGGAAGCGUAUGUCACCCCUGAGGACUAUUUGCGCCUAGCUGGUGAACUAAUUAGUGUUAUAGGAUCAAUAAUUAUUUUACUGCUCAAGAUUCCUGAUAUUUUGCAUGUAAGAAAUGUGAGAUUUCUUGCUCAGGCAGUGCAUGGCGGACCUUUUACCAUCAUCAUCAUCUCUUUUCCCUGCCUCAUCCUGGUGACCCUAAUAAUGCGACUCACUAACACUGACGGAGAGGUGAUCCCCAUGUCUAUGGCGUUAGUGCUCGGAUGGUGCUAUGUUAUGUAUUUUGCCAGAGGAUUCCAGAUGCUUGGACCUUUCACUAUCAUGAUCCACAAAAUGAUUUUUGGUGACUUGUUGAGGUUCUGCUGGCUCAUGGUGGUGGUCAUAUUCGGAUUUGCUACAGCAUUUUAUACAAUUUUCCAGACAGAGGAUCCUUCUCAGCUGGGGCACUUCUACGACUAUCCUAUGUCCUUGUUUUCCACCUUUGAAUUAUUUUUGAAUGUCAUCAACUCGCCCACAAACUACGAUGUGGACCUUCCAUAUAUUUUCAGCAUCAUCUACUUCACCUUUACUGUCAUUGCAAAUCUUCUGAUGCUGAACUUGCUGAUCGCAAUGAUGGGAGACACCCACUGGCGGGUGGCCCAGGAAAGGGAUGAGCUCUGGAGAGCCCAGGUUGCUGCCACCACUGUAAUGCUUGAAAGGAAACUACCACAAUUCCUUUGGCCCAGAUCCGGAGUUUGUGGGACAGAAUAUGGUCUUGGAAACCAUUGGUAUCUCCGGGUGGUGGCCCGUAGAGACUUGACCCAGCAGAAAAUAAGGCGUUACAUCGAGGCUUUUCAAGGACCAGAAGGUGAAAAUACAGAGAAGCAGACACAUAAAUCAGAAAAGUCCUACAAUUCAAUGCACCUAUCAACAAGUAAAAAUGAUAGUGUCUCCCAGAGCUCAAUAGCUCCUGAUCAAGGUUUGGUUAAUUUGUUUCAAGUGCACACAGCUGAGAAAGUGAAUAAGAUGAAUUAUCUAAAACCACCUGAUAUCGAUGUGCGCCCUUUCAGUCAGAUACAUAACACAAGUCAUGAAACAAGACCAUCUCCAAAAACAACUUACAACUUAUCUUCAUCUCAGUAUUCGGAGGACAUUGAAUACAUUGAAAUCUCAGAAGCAAGAGAAAAUUCAAAAACAUUCACUAACAAAUUUUCUAUUCAAUACUCAGAGACCUCUGUAUCUAGCCAGAACAAUCAAACAAAGAUACAUGCAGAUAUAGAGAAACAGAACAUCUCAGCUUAUCAAACACCACGUAGACUCUUAUCAAAGAACAGUGGCUUAGAACCAGUUGUUGUCUAUCAACCACAUUUUGAGCUUCCAAAGAUACGUAUAACAUCAGACUUUGAAUCUUCACAGGCUGAAAAAAGCCCAAAAAGGACAGGUUAUGGCAGAGGCUGGCAAAUUUUACGGUCAGCUACCUUAGAACAGCUACGCGGACAAAAACAAGACCAAAGCUCAGAUGACUCUGAAGAAGAAAUCCAUCAUGUCUGACACUUUGGUUAAUUAAAUGUUUACUGCAUUGAAGAACCAAAUCCAUUAUUUACUCUGAAACCAGUCACUUGUCUGGUAACUUCAAUAAAUGGAAAACAGACAUUUCAAAAGUUUAAGGAACAAUACACCUGAAGUAGCAAAACUAAGUUGUUGUUUUUUUCAUUGUGACAUUUAGUCAUCAGUAUUCUCAAGAACUUCUGAACAAAGUUAAAUUAUUAAUAAAUAAAUAUAGAGUAAAGUCAUUGUAGUCAUAGGGCAUAAUCUCUCUGGAUACAAUGGAUUUAAUUCAAUAUUUUACCAGUGUUUAAUUAUUUUUAUUACAAUACUUGAAUUUAUAAACAGAUGCUAUAAGCUAUAUAAUUGUAAUAA